GAACAAAUGAGGCACAUACUGACUGACCUACUCGGGGAGCACUUUUGCAAAUUGAGAUUUUCUCUUCUUUUUCUCUCUUCAUCAACGCAAGGGAGACCUAGCAAGCUUUCAGAGAGAGGGCAGUCAUGGGCUGUUUCAGAACAUCGAAGAAGAAACCAAAGCAGCUGCACAUCAAGAACUCCACUGACCAGAUCCCAUCAGCAUUAGAUAAACAAAAGGUAAACUCAUCCUUGGAUGAAAAGAAGGAAGCAUCCAAAAAUGGAGGAGGUCUGGGUCACAUUGCAGCACACACAUUCACAUUUCGUGAGUUAGCUUCUGCAACCAAGAAUUUCAGGGCUGAGUGUCUUUUAGGUGAAGGGGGCUUUGGAAGGGUAUAUAGAGGGCAAUUAGAGAGCACAAAUCAGAUUGUGGCUAUUAAGCAACUAGAUCGAGAUGGAUUACAAGGAAAUCGGGAAUUCCUGGUUGAGGUAUUGAUGCUAAGCCUACUUCACCACCCAAACUUAGUCAACUUGAUUGGGUAUUGUGCUGAUGGAGAUCAAAGACUUUUGGUUUAUGAGUACAUGCCUUUGGGGUCACUAGAGGACCAUCUCCAUGAGAUUUCACCCCACAAAAAGAUACUUGACUGGAACACCAGAAUGAAAAUAGCUGCUGGUGCUGCAAAGGGCCUGGAGUAUUUACAUGACAAAGCAAAUCCUCCUGUGAUAUAUCGAGAUUUAAAAUGUUCAAAUAUUUUACUUGGUGAAGACUAUGACCCCAAGUUAUCUGAUUUUGGGUUGGCCAAAUUGGGCCCCGUUGGUGAUAACACGCACGUGUCAACUAGAGUGAUGGGAACAUAUGGAUACUGUGCACCCGAAUAUGCAAUGACCGGGCAGCUGACACUGAAAUCAGAUGUUUACAGUUUCGGGGUUGUUCUUCUGGAAAUGAUCACUGGCAGAAAGGCAAUUGACAAUUCAAAAGCUUCUGAAGAGCAGAAUCUGGUUGCAUGGGCUCGGCCACUAUUCAAAGACAGAAGGAAGUUCUCACAAAUGGCAGAUCCGAUGCUUCAGGGGGAGUACCCGGUGAGGGGUAUGUAUCAAGCACUUGCUGUUGCUGCAAUGUGUGUCCAUGAGCAGCCCAACAUGCGUCCACUCAUAGCCGAUGUGGUCACAGCCCUCAACUAUCUUGCGUCCCAGAAGUAUGACCCUCAGGCCCACACGGCCCAAAGGCGGCCUUUGGGUCCUUCCACCCCAAGAGCAAGAAGGGUGCAGCGAUGAUAGCAACUUUUGAAAGUUGGUUUGAGCAGUUUUUGAGCAGUUUGCGCUCUACUUGGCAAUGGGGAGGAUUAAUAUUGGACGACGAAGCAUAUCAUAUUGAAGGAAGGAAAUUCUAGUUUUCCCUGAACGACUUUUCUGUGCAUAAUUUAUUAUACUGUGUUUAGAUUUUUUAAACUUUGCAAUUCUUUUUAUUAUUAUCAUCUGAAGAAAGAAAAUUGAAAAAACCCAAAAAAUUAAAUUUCCUACUUUCCACUUUUCUUGUUCAAAUAUAGAUCAAAAUGCUAGAUUCAUUGUGGACAUACUAUUUCUAUUUUUAUUGCAAGUUAUUGUUGGUCAUAUAUUGCUCCAUAAUAAGGGUGGAUCAAUCCGAUUGUGGGCCGUUUCCUGCUCUAUAAAAGGAAUCGGGACCGAGUAUGGCUGGUUCCGGUUGCACUCAUUUUCUUUUCUCGCAAUAGUGUAUAAUAGUAGAUAUAGUAAUGUAAUUUUUUUUGGAAAUUGUAUUCCCAUAAUUACUUUGUAUACACAUACAUAAUAUGUAUAUAUAUCAUAUUACAAUAGCCACUUGUAUGUAGAUUGAGCCCAUUCAUAGAAAACUUGGUCAAUGUUGACUUGCAUAUAGAAUUAAGGGUGUUCUUCG